AUGGAGUCACAAGUGGCACGCCCACAUGGUGUUCAUCAAUAUGAGCAUGAUCCCAACAAUGCUGGAUUACAUCCUGAGGUAGAGGGUGAAGAUGAGCAGCACCAUGAGAAGAAGUCAGUGUUGAAGAAGGUUAAGGAUAAAGCCAAGAAAUUGAAGGACAAAGUCAAAUUACAUGGUCAUGGCCAUGACGAGCAUCAUGAAGGUCAUGUGCCUGGCGAUCAUGACUUGUAUGAGGAAGAUGAUGAGGAUGAGGAUGAAGAAAUGGUCGAGGACCCAGAAAUUCAUGGAGCCUCAGCCUAUGAUUCUGGUGCUAUUAGAAGCUCUGUUCAGGGACAAGGGGGAAGGUUAGGUGACCCUAGGACGUAUUAUGGAAGUCCAACAACGAAGCAAGAGGAACAUACAGGCACUGAUCCGAUGAAGAGCUUUCUUCCUGGGGAAGAGGAAGAUGAAUUAGGACCACCAAAGGUCCUUCCUGCUAUAAAAGAACACCGUGAACCAGUUAAUUUACCUGCUUCUAUUUCUCCUGCAAUUGUUGAACAAACUAGACAUGCCGAUCCUGUUGGAGGUGUUGUUCAUGAACAAGAAAGGAUUAGAGGGCAACAUGGUUUGGAGGAGGAUCCUCAUGCCCCAAAGGCUGGACUUGGUGAUCAUGCUCCUUCCAAUUAUCAGAUUAAAGUCACUGAUCCAACUGGUUCUGGUGGGAAGGAAGCAGGAAUAGCUAAAAUUCUUCACUCUUUUGACAAAAUGAAUGUCUAUGAUGAAUCAAAGCAAGGGGAAAAGCAGAACUUAUCUACCGGACUGCGUGAUGGUCAGCUCUCCAUGCAAGAGGAACAUACAGGCACUGAUCCAAUGAAGAGCUUUGUGCCUGGGGAAGAGGAAGAUGAAUUAGGACCACCAAAGGUCCUUCUUGGGAGGACUGCCGCUAUAAAAGAAGUACCCCGUGCACCAGUUAAUUCUCCUGCAAUUGUUGAACAAACUAGACGUGCUGAUCCUGUUAGAGGUGUUGUUCAUGAACAAGAAAGGAUUAGAGGGCAACCUGAUAUUAAUUUGAAUGUACCAGUAGGUUUGGAGGAGGAUCCUCAUGCCCCAAAGGCUGGACUUGAUGGUCAUGCUCCUUCCAAUUAUCAGACUAAAGUCACUGAUCCAACUGGUUCUGGUGGGAAAGAGGCAGGAAUAACUCCAAUUCUUCACUCUUUUGACAGAAUGAGUGUCUAUGAUGAAUCAAAACAAGGAGAAAAGCAGAACUCAUCUACCGGGCUGCGUGAUGGUCAGUUCUCCAUGCUUCCCACUGGAAGCCAUGACCAAUUUUCUGCAGAACCAACUCCCCCAAUGCCCAUUAGCACCCUAGAGAACCCCGAAUCAGAUUCAAAGUCUCUUGACGUCUUGAAAGAUAAGGAGCAUCCAUGUAGUGACAUUGCUGAUAAACCAUCAACUCAGAGUAGCUACACUGAGAAAAUAUCCUCGGCCACUUCUGCAAUUGCCGAUAAAGCAAAAGCUGCCACAGAUGUCAUAGCUUCCAAGCUUGGAUAUGGAGAGAGAGGCAAUACUAUCAAAGAACAUGAAAUGGCACAUGAGGGACAAAAUCCUUCGAAGCCAGCAUCGUCAGUGGAAUAUGGGAAGAAAAUCGCUGCAACCGUGACAGAGAAACUCACUCCAGUGUAUGAAAAAGUUCAUGAUGUAGGCAGUACUGUAACGUCAAAAGUCCAUGGCAAUACUAACACUAGCACAAACACCAGCAAUGAGGCAGACAGGAGGAUUAAAGGGCAAGACAGAGGGUUGUCAGUGAAGAACUACUUCGCGGAGAAGUUAAGGCCUGGAGAAGAAGAUAGGGCGCUUUCUGAAGUCAUAUCGGAGACUUUGAACAAAGGAAAGGGUGGGGCUAGGAUGGGGAAGAAAGAUAAGCCAAUGGGGAAAGUGACAGAGUCAGAGGAGGUGAAGAGGAGGUUAGGUAGUGUAACAGAAGAGAAUUCUGGUGGAAGAAUGGAUUCAGCUUCUGUGUAUAAUCCUGGCAUGGCUGUGGUUGAUAAACUUAAAGGUGCUGUUGGUUCUUUGUUUGUCAAAGGUGCAGAGUCUAGAGCAUCUCAGCAGCAUCCACUCAGUUCCUCCAAUGCAGUGUCCGGGUCGGUUUGCGUGUAUUAUGACUAA